AUGCUCAAGUUUGAUCUUGAAAAGGCUGGACAGGACUGUUUGCUCGAACUCAAUGAGUUAGAAGAAUUGAGAAAUGAAGCCCAUGAUAGUUCAAAAAUCUACAAGGAAAGGACAAAAACAUUUCUUGAUAAACAUAUUGUGAAAAAGUCCUUUGAGGCCGGUCAAAAGGUUUGGUUAUUCAACUUUAGGCUCAAAUUCUUCCCUGGAAAGCUUCAAACCAAAUGGGAAGGCCCUUCUCAAAUCAUCUCUGUCUCACCUCAUGGGGCGGUUGAACUUAAAAAUCCAAAAGAUGAAGGGACUUUCAAAGUUAAUGGUCAAAGGCUUAAACCAUACAUUGAUGGACAAGCUCUUUAA